AUGUUAAUUACAGGCGGAUCAAAAACAACCCCCAUCAAUGUGGGUAUUUUCUCGGCAUUUGUACUUGUCUUUGGUGUUGCUCAAAGAUUGAGCGAUCUUGAGGUUCAGCUUAGAACUGCAAUCAAAACGUUAGAAGUGCACCAAAAGAUGUUCAAUUGGGCUAUUGAAGACGUUGGUUUUAUUCCUGCGUUGGCAGAAUAUCACGAAGCCAAGCGCAAGCUAUACACGGGCAGUUCGCCAAAACCACCUGGGUUUUCAGAACAUGGAAGCCCCCUCAAAGAUGAUGUACCAAUUGAUAAAUCCACCAAUUGA